UUUUAACGGAUAGAAGCAGUAGAUGGAAGAGAGUGUUGGAAUAAAUUACCUUGCAGAUGGGAAGUCUCGCUUCCCGGGCAACCCAUGAAAGAAGCAGACGCAAAUCGAGAACAAUUAUUGCGUGCACUCGUGCGUAGCAUUGCUGUACACCCACAGGACAGGACAGGACAUAUAUACUGGUCGAACACACCACACCACCGUGCUUGUCACAUUCAAACAGCAGCAGCAGCAGCAGCAGUUGUGAUCGUGGUGGUGAUGGUGAUCUGUUGACUCCAUUGCCCUUAAGUCAAAGUCUAAGUUAAUGGAAGUAUGACUUUUUUCGGGUUCGAAGCUCAAACCCUAAAUGCCCAGAUAUUCCAUCGACAUGUGCUCUGAUGGGUAUCAGGUUGGCCAUAUGUGUAGAAUUUUCGAGGAAACAUUGGUUGGGCCUCCCAACCUAUUCGGAGAGGUCCCAUGACGGAUGACCGGAUGAAGUCCAACCAUUGAUAGGUUCACCUUAUCACACACAGAGACAACUGUGCGAGAGAUCCCACCUAUAGAACAUGAUAUAAAUAAAAAAAUAAAUACAGAGAGAGAGAGAGAGCAAGAGCAAGAGAGACAGAGAGAGAGAAUAGUUUUCCGUCGGUGAAAAACAGUGGCUCCAAGUUAAAAACCUCCUUCUCCAGCCAAGAAAGCCCAAUAAAAUAGGCGCUCGCGAGAAAAGAUAUUGUGCCAGCAGCUUCAAGAGACUGCCGAGCGAUUGUGUGACUUGGCUCUCGUGCGGGUGCUGAGAGUUGGCUUGUUGUGUGUUUGCUCCGUGUGACCUCGCAGUACGCAUGAGUGAUGUUAUCGAUUGAUUGCGCACGCAAACCCUUUGCUCGUCGCGCCAUCUCAAACCGAGCGCUGGCAGCAACGGCAGCAUUAGUCGCACCAGCAGCAGCAGCAGCACCAUCAGCAGCAGUAGCAGCACCAUCAGCAGGCUGCGCACACAGCACAGGUUGAUGCGGUUUAACACACAAGCGAACACAGGGAAGCACCAGGCAUCAACACACACACACCACACCAGCACGCGAACACGCACGUGUGUGGUGGUGUUGAGUGCGCGUGCUGAUCGUGCUUCCGGAAUGUGAGCAAGUAAGAGUAUUGGUGUGUGUGAUUGUGCGUGUGUGAGCUGUAUCAACAUCGAUCAAGGAUCAGGAUAUCAGGUGAUGACCUAGACCGUAGACGUCGAAAUCGCUCUCCACAAGCUGCCAGCAGGGACGCGAGGAUUCCGCGUGGCAGCGUGGUUUGUUGUGUGUGUGUGUGGUGUGGACCGGGAACAAGUGGACGCGCGUCUGUCUGUGUGUGUGUGCGGGUUAGUGUCUAUAGGUGGGUUGCGGUGUUGGUAUGGUGGAUAGGGGACCGCGAUCGACUGGAUCACUCCACCGAUGGCGGAUCGGUCGUUAACUGUGUUGUUGCGUGCAAGAUGGCCACUGGUAGCUGGCCCUUUCCGCACCCGGUAGUGUGUCAUGUGUUCACGUGUGCGUGCGUGCGUGUGUGUGUGCGUGUGGCCUGGCUCGUGUGGGGAGUCGAGCCAGCUACGAGCAUUGCGUUGAGGAUGAUGCAGGAUCACUAAAGUUCUCUGUGUCGGUGUCGUUCCCAUAGUGCCAAUGGUGGAAGUGUUGUUACAGCACCACCAGCAGCAGCAGCAGCAGCGGCGGCAGCUCGAGUCGUUGUCAGUGUCAGUGCGGUCGUGCCGUAGGAGCAGUGCUAGUUUGUUGGCGUUUGUCGCUCGGUGCGGUGGCUGUCAGUGUGGGCCCGUGAGCCCGGUUUCGGUGGUGGUGGUCCUGCGUGCGCGUGACCGUCGCAGGCAUUAGAGGCGAGCCGUACGGGCGGGCGCGAAAAGCUCUUGCACGAAAAGCGAGGCAGAGCGGAAGGAAGCUCUUCAGAGGAAGAAGGAUCAGAGUGAGCUGCAGAAGUUGAAGAAGAAGAAGAAGAAGAGGCAGCAGCGAACGAAGCAGAAGUGAUAGCGCGGAAAGCGGUGCGUGUGGCAGGUGCAGGUGCGCCGCCCGUGGCCGUGGCAACGUGCGAUAGUGACGGGUCAGGCGCCGGGGGGUACGGGACGGGGGGCAGCGGGACGGCAGAGAAGAGCAGCGGACGUUCGGCGCACGGCGGACGAUGAUGGUGGGGCCAUGAGCCCGAGCCCCGAGGUCGUUGCGAGCCGCAAGCGCGUCUCAAGCGGGCCUGCACCAUGCUAGCGCCGCCGAACCCGAGGUCAAUAUGCGGCCAGGACCCGGGCUGGUCGUGAUGGCGCUUGCGUUUAUUUCGGGGGCUCGGCGAGGCACCGGUCAACAGAGCAGCAGUGCCAGUCAGAGUGGCAAGUUGGGCAAAGUUGGAGAAGACAAUACGGGAGAAGGCGGCGCACUAACGCGGAUCAAUCCGUGGCUUUCGGCGUGCGAUCUGGAGCAGCCCAACUCGGCACCGGAUCUCCAGGGUCAAUGUUCAGCCGGUACACUGCCUGUGGCCUGGAUAGACGAAGGUCCUGGACCACCGCGGUGUCCACCGCCAUGUGCAACGUUUCGUGCACAUGCUACAUAUAAUAAUAAUAAUAAUAAAAAUAAUAAUAAAAAUAGUAAUAAGCCAUACAAUAUUGAUAAUACUAAAUAUAACAUGGAGAACCGGUUAAAUGAUAAACAACAGUGCCUUGACUAUUUGGGCGAUAAUGCAGAGUUAAGUCCAGCACAAAUUUGUAAAAAAUCGUCACAAAGUAUUGAGACCAAGCUGAAAACAUUACGUUUAAGACAUUGUUGUGAACGUACCGUUGGCAGUGCUUUACACAACGCAGCCUACGCCGACGUGCUGCGGGGCGGUCCCGGGUGUACCGGGCGGCUGGCCGAGCUGCUGGAAACGGACGCGCUGGCGGCACGGAUCACAUGCGAAUUUACCGAGGUGCUGAUACGGUACGACUGCGGACAGCCGUACUCUAUCAUCCACCACUGUGAGGAUUGUAAGGAGGCAUAUCGAAGGUGGGGCUGCAGUGUUUUUAUACCGUACUUCACGUCGAGGGACGACAUCAAAAGUGUUAACAAUAAAACCGGUAAUCGAGACAGUGACCGUGCUACCCAGGGGAAAUCGAACGCCAUCUUUGGGGACGCCGCCGCGAACAAGCAGACUGAACCGAACAUGAACGAUGCGAACAAGCAGCAACUAGUAAAAAAUAUAUCAAUCACUGUAAAAAGUUCACGCCGAAAAACGCAACGAGUACGAAUACGACCAUGUCUAAACGUAUGCCAAACCGUAGAGCAAAAGUGCCCGUACAUGCUGCCGGGCGAUCGGGCACCAGCCUAUCCGACGCAGUACGCCGGUGAGCCGACGUUUCUUUGUCGAGACCUUAACAUCGACGAAACGGGCGAACAGCUGCGAAAGUCCAACACCGGCCCGACCCAAUGCUGCUACGACUACUGCAAUUCCAGCCCGAUCGAUGGGCUCUGCGCACGCUGUGAUUCGCUGGACGACGAGACGCAGAACGAGGAGAGUACGGCACUGGCACUGAGCAGCGAACUGCCGGCGGUAUGGCCCAGCUGCCCGAGCAUCACCACCCCCACCAGCAGCUCCUCCCUGUCCGAGGAGUGCCGGGUAUCGCAGGCCGCCAUCACGUCCAUCGUAACGUCCAGCAGCCCCAGCACCACUACCACCGCCACCACUACUAGCCGAAGCAGUAGUAGUUCCACCGCUAACACCUCUACUACCACCACCGUCAGUAGUGCCUCCACUACGGCCAUGGCAGUACCGUCGAGCUCAUCGCCGGCCCGGGCGUUCACCUCGCUGCUGAGGUCGCUCUGCGCCCUCGGGUCCGUGUACCGGGCGCACACGAACGGGGUACAGUCGUGGAUCGCGAUGGUGGCCGUGCUGACCGUCGGUACCGAGCUUGUCGCCUGGACGAAGCAGCUGGUGCAUCUGCUCGUGGUGUUAUAGCUCGCGGUGUGUGGGGUUCGCUGGCUGGACCAAACUUCACCGAGGUCCGCCAGCAGUGCCUGCGCCAACGGUCGACGAGCAAACCACCGCCAACAAUUCCCCGUCUCAGGACGCAUUCGGGCCGGGUGACGAACAGCAAAUACCCGCACAGUCAAGAAGUGUGAAUCAUACCGGUGUAGAAGAAGAAGCGAGAACAACAACGCAAGGAAUAAUAUAAUCCUCUAGUACGCAAAACAAAAACAAUUUCCACAAACCGCGUACGGUGAAUGUUAAGAGAAAAUUGAAAAGAAAACAAAAACCACUCACACACCAUAUUAGGUGCUUGGAGAAAGAUAAAAGAAAACAAGCAAAGGAAAACAAAAAAACAUUAGCAACACAGAAGAUAAACAAACAAACCGAUACAAAGAGAAACAUAAACCCCGAAUUAAUAAUUGCAAAGUGGGCAACACGUAGCAGAAGAAGAAUAGGAACAAAUCGAAACACUCAAACACACACACACACACUAGUGUUCCAAAACGGUAAACUGGAAAAGAAACAAAACACAAAACACUCUCGAAACAAGUAGAAAACAAAAUAGAACAAGAAAACCCGACAGACACACAAACAAACACACGAAAUAUAGCGCAAUAACAAACAACAGAAAACAACAAAACAAUUUAAUGCAUUAACGAAUAGGGUGGAGGUGGAAAAUAGAGUAGAACAAAAAAAAGCAGUAAAUAAAUGAAACAAAACAGUUGACAGCGGCCGCUGACUACUAUCGAAACGAAGUAGAGAACGGAUUCGGAAGCAAAUGAAUAAUUACUCCUCGUCGGGAUAUUUGUAACAGAAAGCUUAACAGAUAAGCAAUUCACCAAGCUAAGAACAGAAGAACGGGCUCCGGAGUUUAACAUGACGUUUUUUUUAUGUUUGUUUUUUGUUGCGUGUUGAGCGACAAGUGAACCUGUAUUACUCAGCGAACGAAAUGGAGUCGAUGUGGGGGCCUGGGGCCACCCACACCCUGCCCAAGAAUCCAUCCUGCCAUACUGUGGGUGGGGUAAGAGGAGGGUGGGCGAGGGAAGGUGGGGAGGGGUAGGGAGAGUUAGACAUUGGAAAACGGGUUUGAACAUACGCGUAUACAAUAAUGUUACAACGCUCGAAAACGUAAAACAAACAAAAAAACCCAUCAGAAGAACAACAAACAACUCAUCCCACACAUACGGAUGAACAAACAAUUUAGGUGAAAUAUUAAAUUUAAACUUAUUGCUAAGAUUUAGAUGGAAAGGAAAUAAGAAUGUUACAGCAAAAAACAAAAACAAACAGUAUAGAAGGGGCAUACCGUACCGUGCAUAAUGGGGGGGGGGGGGGUGGGGGGGGGAAGAAACAAAACCCUUACAAUUUAUUGAGGUGAGUCGUUGCGAACUGGUUGGAAACAUUAGCGAAGAGAGCACAUUAGAAAGCGAAACAAACUAAACCAAAUUCCAUAUUGAAGUCUCGCACAUCUCGUGGAUUAGGGCGUUGUGUACUCGUGUAUGUGUGUGUGUGUGUUUUUAAGUGAGAGUCACGUUGAAAUGUACGGCCAGCAAGAUCUAACAGUCGUCGGACUAAGCAGCUGUAAUCAGCAGCUCGUGAGCGAGCGCCCUCUAGCGAGGGUUAAUGGUAUUUUUUAAAAAAGGAAACAAAACGUGCGGCAUGAGUUCCAUUCGAAUGCGCUUGUGUGGAUGAAUCAAACCAAUUGGAUGAGAUAGCACACACACACACACAUACACACAAGCACAUAGUAAGUUGUACAGUAAAGCGAGGAUUUAAAGUUACGCGCUCGCUUAAGAAAGUUGGACGUUUGAUGGCAAGAUGUGUUAGUUUUGUUCGUUGUGAUUGUGAGAAAGCGUGUUGUUUUUUGCCCGGUCGAAUCGAGUUUUAUGUUACCGUGUUUCUGUUAAAGCCAUUUUCGUACACCAUUCUUGGGGGUGGUGAGAUGGUUCGGGGAAAGGAAGGGUGGGAAGGUUAUAGCAUAAGGACACCACGGAGCCUGCGGAAUCGGUGUGGUGUUAGUAACAGCAAACAGAGAAAAACAAAAACUAGGAUAAGGAAAGCACACACAAACACACACACACACAGUCAUAUACAAGAACAGACACACACACAGACACACAAUGCUAUUACUACUAAGACGACUUCAAACCGCAGGAAUAUGAGAUGUAAUCUAGUUUUUAUUGAACCUUCCACUAGCGGAAUCCACGCAAAUUGCUAAUAUAGCGCACGUUACACACACACACAGAGACACAUGCAGAUACACAGUGACACACACUUUCCGCUCACCAAACAUCCAUACCUUCAUACCAAUAUAUUAUCUCUUUAACCUUUAACUAGGACACGAAACGUUUGAUGGGAAUGGGAAAGUAUAGAAACAAGUUUUGAUAACGCAAGUCAGCCAAAUAAAACCCAUAGAAAUGAAUUAGUAAAGAAAACAGAAUCGAGAUCGGAGUAAGAAAGAAAGCAAAAAAAAGAGAGAGAGAAAGAGAGAGAUAGAAAGAGAGAAAAAAGGAAGAAUAAUAGAGCAAUGGAGAAAAAUGAAAGCCAAAUACCGAACAAACCGAGCAAGCGAAAACACGAAACAAAAUGUUAAUAUAAAGCACACACCAAACAUAGAACGUGACCUCUUGUAAUAUGGCAAACAGAACAAACUUAGUGUUCAAAAAACAAAGAAAACGGAUAAAACAACAGUGGAUUGAUCGUACAUGUUUAACCUGGUGGGUUCAAUCUUUCUACAAAAGACGACAAAGGGAAAGAAAAGAUAGAGAGAGAGAGAGAGCGAGAGAGAGAGAAAGGGUAAAACAACGCAAACACACUCUCUCACACACACACACUUGCAAGAAAAUUGCCAAAUCGAGCGAAGCUCGAAAUGAUUGUUUAUAGAUAAAUUAAGUCACCACUAUUAUAAUUAGUCCGUCAAUUUUUACAACAAUUGUUGUUAGGUAAUUGAGUAUAGGAAAAGGCUGUUUGGAUGUUUCGGGUGCGAACGCUGCCUGCACAUGUUAUUGGAAGGAUGGAGUACACAGAACAAAACAAUAGAGAGAACGAAAGGGCGCAGAAAGAGAAACAGAGAGAAAGAGAGAGAGAGGGAGAAUGGGAAAGGAUGAAGACAGUUAGUAUGGAAAUCUUUUCCAAUCGGUAUGUUAGCGAAAACAAAUAGAAAUACACCACUGUUGCACCGCCAGGUUUUCGUGUUGGUGCGAACUAAAAGCAAUUGGAGGGCAGCACUGCUGUCAGCCGGCAUCUAUCACCUCUUAAUAAUUCUAAAACAAAAAAGGUAGCCAAAACCCAUGCAUUAAAGCAAACGCAGAACAGCCAUCCCCCAAAUCGCGAACGUUUCAGUGUUACCGGGAGAUUUAGAGCAGCGAAUGCACUGGUAGGAAUUAGGGAGAUAUUGUGCAGUUGGUACUCCGAAUUCUAUACGAUGUCCCACAAGUCCCAUAAGCUUGAGCUCGUUUGAUUGCUUUUCGAUCAAAUAUGCCUUGAUAGGAGCUUAAUAGGAUCCUUUCAGUUUUAUCUCUAUCUCUCUCUCUUUCUCUCUCUCUCGCUCUCUUACUCUUUCUUUCGCAAUCAUUGCUGUGGCUUGUUUGAUUCUCUUUCUCUAUCUCUCUCUCUGCCUCUCUCCUUCUUUCUCAAACUUUGACUCUCUUUCUGUCGGCAGACUUUCCGAAGCUUUCCACACUCACACACAAUAAACUGUUCUUGGGAGGAAUGCGAAAAAACCUCUUAAACAAUAUAAACAACACACGCGAAAUAAUUCGAAAACUCACCCAAAAACACACACAAACACAUCGACUCAUACACACACACACACACACACACACACACACAUUCAAAACAACUGUUACAUGUUCGAAAGAGACACUUUUUAGCGUUUAUCUAAAGCAAACACAGAGAACUAAAACCCAACAUAGGGAAGCAAAGUAAUGGGAAUGGAAAAUGCGUAAAACUUAGAUGGAAGCAAGAACGAAACAAGCGAGGAAGAAGAAAAAACAGAAAAGAAUAAACAGGCAACAAAUUCUCUGCAACAAAAAAUUAUAAUCAAUAGUUGUUUAAUAUAAAUGUGAGAUGUAGAGAAUAAACAAAGCGCGAGAAAGAAGAAAAAACAAAGAGGAAUAGAAAGCCGCAAAUUGAUGGUGGCAGCGGUGUUCGGAGCGCCAGAUUGCCAGGCAAAACAUUAAAGCAAACUUCUUCGAAACUAUUGAUAGCACUAGUACGAAGUUUUUCGGGUUAACUUGAAGAAUUAGCAGACAGGCAGGCAAGCAUUGUUUAGGGCAUUGGAAGGAGUGAUAUGAAAGACUCGAGUAAAGAGGAGCGAAGAAAGUGUGUAAGGUGAAAUGAUCACACACACACAAAAACCAAAACAAACUUAAAACUGACGAAACAAGUAACAAACGAUUAACAUACCAGAAAACAAUAAAAAACAUUAAUGAUGAAAACGAAGCUAUUGCGGUUAAGCGAGAAACAUAAACAAACAAGAAGGGAGAGGGCGAGAGAGAGAGAGAGGCAGAACGCGUAAGCAGUUAGGGGGACGUACGAAAUGAACAAAACAAAGCAAACAUAGUAUCGUUUGUAAGCAAACAAACAAAACAAAACAAACAAAAAAGUGAAUUAAACUACGAAUUAAUUACAAGCGUCUUCAGGAAUGAAUAAAUCGUUGAAUUUAAAACAAAAAAAAAACAAAACAAAAAUGUCGUCUUCACGCUGCUGGAUGAACAGAAAAGGUAGAUGCGUAACGAUAAGUAGAAAUAAUUAAGUAAAAACAAACAAACAAAAAAUUCUCAGUAAGAAAGGGUGAUGGAAGAAAGUACACAGAACACACACUCACACUAAGAAAACAUUAAUACAACAACGGCCACGCAUCAAUGGAUGAAACAAAAACAAAAACCAACCAUCACUCAUAGGCACUUUGAGACAUUAAUUAAUAAUAUUUGAAACAAAAAAGGGGGAAAAAGCAAAAAACAAAACGUUCCCCCUUAUGUUGACAAAUCGAAGCCAAUAAAUACUCCGACGGUGAGGCGUAAUAGUUGCAGAAGAAGGUAACAACAUUAUUACUAUUAUAACAAUAACGAAUUGUCGGACGCGUGCUGGCGGCGAGUACGGUAGGUAUCUCGCAGAUCCAACCAGUAGCAAAAAAUCCCACCCGAAUCGUUAGUGUAUUCACGCAUUGUAACACUUACCAAACAACAAAAAGGAACCCCAAUCUACACAAGGCAAGACACACGAGUUUAGGUUGAAGCGGUCGGAACGGCGAGUUCAGAAUUGAUAUUACGAUUUCUUUGCCAACUCUCCAACGCACGGCAGACGAAUGCUAGAAUAACAUAAGAAGGGUGAUUUUUGUUUUUUUGUUGCAGAACGCUUCUUCCAACAUGGCGUCGCCGCUUCGUUAAGGCGCAAGUACGUUACCGGAUCGUUGUUGUAGACUGGCUGAUAGUGUUUUAAGCGGGCAAGAAGCGUUACGUACGCGGCCAGGAAUCGAUUGAACCAGUAUUACCAAAAACCCCUUCCUUCCAACUACCAGUUCACCAAACUGUUGCUCGCUGAGCGUCUCAAGAUCGCGCCUCAAGAUCGUCUCAAGAUCAGCCCGAACAAAAAACCCAAGUAUCAUUACCUAUAGAGUGUACAGAUUUGAAAUUGGGGGCAUGGAAUAAUAAAUGAUUUGCCGCUUGCAAAUCAGAGCACACGGGUCCGAGGAAAACAAGGAAGGUAAUUAGGAAGCAAGAAGAAACCCGCGGAACGAAACACGUAAACUACAAUCCACAAUAACACACCGCCAUCCAUACUCACCGACAUUGGCACGCACGAAAGUCCUGCAACAAGUGGCACGGCGAAAUGUUUGUACAGUAGAUGAUGUAGAGAAAUUGUUUCCGCAAAGCAAAAACAAAACAAAAAUGAAAAUGUAUAACCACUACCGAAUGGAUACAACACUGCUCUGUUAUUGAUAAAUAAAUCGAAAAGAAAACGAAAAAAAAACCAAAAACCAUCAACAAACAGAAACGCUCUCUCUCUCUCUCUCUAUCUAUCUCUCUAUCUAUAUCUCUCUCCCCCAUCCCUAGGGUCUGGCGGAACCGUCGCGGCGUCUUACCGCGAACCGGGUCCAACGAGUUUUUGGAUAGGGUGAGGGGCGAGUGAGAAAAUACGUGACCGAGUCGCAUAAACACCAGUGCACCUGCACCUCACACACUCACAGAAGCACACACAUUUCUGAUGCAUUUUUGUGAUCUUGAGCUGCAAAUAGUUUGGUUGCUUCUUGUUAGCAGACCCCGAAUAUAUGAUUUUCUCUUCUUGGGCUACACGCAGUGGUCCUCAAAGGCUUCCACUAUAUCUGCAACUUUCCUGGCUCUAUUCUACUUAUACACUCUCUCGUUCUUUCUCCCACUUACGCACACCACACCACUUCUCUUGUUAUAACCAAUUUGAAAAGCAAGCGAACAGAAAACAAACAACAGGUAACGAAACAUCAAAUAGUUGUAAUAGCAAUCGAAACAACACACCGGCACAGCGGGAAAAAGGGGAAACGGUGUCUAUUUAGCUAAAUCGAAACGAACCGAAGCAUCUGGCAGUGUCGUUAGCGUGUUUUGUGUGGUGCAGGCACACGAUAACAGAACAAGAAAAUAGAAACGAAAGCAAGAAACAAAACAACAAACAAUUAGCGUUAGGAAGAAAUACAGAGCGCAAAACAUUGAGAAGAUGCAAAAUAAUGUAAGCAUGUUCACCAAAAAAACCAAGAAAACACACAAAACCACAACAAAAACUCGUAGCAAACAAAACAAUACAGUUACUGGACAUUAAUUAAACGUAAGUAAGCGAACGGGAACCGGGAAAGAGGCGAACGAAUGGCGCAAGACACGAAAGAAAAAUCCAAUUUGUUAAGCAAAAAGUUAUCUAAUUCUACUGGAGCAAAAGGAAAAAAAAACUCGUUAAAGAAACGAACAGAACAAAUGAAGAAAUGAGAAGGAACAAAGCUCGAAAAAAGAACAUUAAAAGAAGAAAGCCAAACCAUAACUACUAUAAAGUCGUGACUCGUUAAUUGUGUACACUAGUGUUGAUGGAGGGUAAAGCAGUGUGGAAGAACAAAAAAAUAAUACAAAAAACAUGCAAAAAUAAGCAAACAAAAGGUUAAACAAGUAACGAAACGGGGGAAACGCUGUAAAACCAAAAAACAAACACCUACGUUAGGAACCAGUCCGAAACUGUAGUACGUAAGCUGAACAACUGAAUAACACAUGAGGGGAAGAGAAAAGAAAAGGAAUAGAAAGGUGAAGGUGGAGAAUAGCAUUUAGAAAACCGAGUCGACGCGAAACUGGGAGUUAAUAAAAAUGGGGGCAAAAAUACAUUAAAACAGAUGUAGGACAAAAACACACACACACACACGCGUAGAACUCGCAUGACGUUCUAAUGCCGAUCUCAGCGAAAUUGGAAUCGGUAAGAGGAAAAUUAUUAAAAGGAAAAUGCAUUGGCCACUUGUUAAGAUACGGGUUUGAGAGAUGGUUCCGUACGUGUUAGGUGAGUUGGAUGUCGGUGUUGAAGUUGUAAGUGUGCCGUGCAAUUGGAUGAGUAGAAUUGGAAAAGAAUUCGGCAGGAAUAGGAAGGCAUCGACGUGACGUGGUUUAAAACGAUAUUUUCCAACGUUUUCCACUCGGACGCUCAUCACCUGUUAGAGAGGUGAACGAAAAGGCGCACUACCUUCGCAAAAAAAAAAAAACAUGGCCGUAAAUCGAUUCUUGGGACUACUGAUGCCCACGACUCCUCCUUAAAACGAUCCGAUCCUUGUUAGAGUUUUAGGGACUGCAGUCCCAACCAACUUCUUCACGCACCGAUCCACCUGCAGGCACACAUCAGUUACACAAUUGCACACACACACACACACACACACACACACACCUACACACUGCACUGUACGCACACGUACACGUCAAACAUUGUUAUACACCAGGAACAGGUGUACAAGAAGGAGUGAGCGCACAGUGGGCGCGCUAGUUAAGUGCACGCUCUACCGACAGAGAAAGAGAGAGAGGGAGAGAGAGAGAGAACGAAAAAUAAAACAUCAAAUGUUAUGGCCUUACGAAGGCAUGCGCACCACUAGCAAAUUAUGCGGACAUUUAUGAACAGCUUAAUGCACGUGCUUCUCUUACGUUCCGCCAUCCACUAAGGUCCACCAUUCUGCUGUUGCCCUAUUUCAGACAGUUUAUACACAGAAUACUGCUGUACUUUGGCCCGUAGGAUUGUUGUAUCCAUCAGGGGCCCACUACUCGAACGCCAUUGUUGAUCUUUGUUGAGCUGAUCUCUAGUGAAUAGGAUAAUUGUGUGAGUGUGCGUGUGAGAGGGAGAAAGAGUCUUUUGUUUUAGACUGUAAUCUUGCGUUUGUAUUUUGUGGUGGCCAGGACUGCCAGGAGCGUAGCAACUACCACGGUAAUGGUGAAGGCGAAACAAACCUGGCAAAGCGUUACCUCUUUGAUGGUAUAGCAGUAUAACACACUCACACGCAGAGCCAGAAACACACAAUCACAUAGUUGAGACUAGGAUAAAUGAAACACACCAAUUUUAAGCGGGCGUAACGCUAGACACUAGCGCAACGGAAACAAUUCACUACACAUCAACAAUCUUUUGCGUUCGAUUACUGUGAAGCUUAUCGAUUGUUUGUAUAUAGUUUGAGCGAAGCAACAACAACAAAAAAACCAAUAGACACAGAAAAAGGGUUCCGUUUGAAUGUGCUGUUCAUAAUUAGGAAGCAACAGUUAAUCGAUUAAGCAGUAAGAAAAUAAUAGACAAAAAAGAAACAGAAAACCGAAUCGAAAAACAAGAUGAAAGCCAAGAAAAAUAAGAAGCGAGAAAAAAAAGCAAACCAACACACGAGUUAAUAGAAUUUAAAAAUUACAUAGUAACUUUACUGAGAAAAACACAACUCACCAAACCACAUACGACAACAACAAAAACCCCAAAGAGAACGAACAAAAUAACAAACAAGAAAACAAACGAAAAACUUGCCAACCAGUGUAGUGCAUUUGAGCGAACCGGGGGUUAUAAAAGGAAAAGAAAAACUAAACAGCAGCGAAAAAAAAAGAUCAGUUAGUUUAACUAAUGAUUAACUAAUUGGUAGAAGGCGCAUGGCACCGCAAAACAAAACAAAAAACACCCACACGUUAAAAAUCGUUCUCGCCAAACGCCAAACGUGUAGAAAAAAAAGAACAAAGCGAAAGAGAUACAAGUAAACAAGAAAGCAAACAAAAAAAAACACACACACACAAACACUAGAACCGAUUCGGAUAUCGGGCGCGCGCGAAACACGGGCAAAAGAAAGGGUGAGAACAGAAAAAAAAACCGGAAGCAGAAUGGAGAAGCGUAACAGAAGAGAGGGAAAACGAAACAGUAAACAAACAAACAAACAAAUAAGAAAAAAACGAAAGAGAAGGAAACAAGAACAUGAAAGUAUUACGAGGUCUAUAAUUUUGAUUUAUGAUUUCUAGCGAAAACAACAAAAAAGGGACAAAAAACAAAAACUAAUAAAAAGAAAACUGGAAAGGAAUAAAGUAUUAAUAUCCGAAAAUGAACCAUGUGUUUGCUUGAUUUCUUUUGCCUCGGUUCAUUUACAAACAGUACACCGAAACCCAAAACCCCAUCUUUUCUUAGAACCUGUGUGCUCUGUAUGUGUGUGCGUGCAUGUAUUUCUACCUGUUUGCGUGUACUCCUGCCUGUUUGCUCUUCUCUUACUCUUUUCUCUAAUCUGUGUCUAUCUGUGUGUGUGUUUAAGCAUGUGCUCUGGUCUCGCGAGUGUAAUUGUUUUGUUUUCUCUCUGUUUUAUCUCACUCUUUUAUCAACUCUUUUCUGUAAAUUUUACUCCUUUGUUUUACUUAUUCUUGUUGUGGACACUUUUUCUUAUCUUUUCUUUAUAAUUUUCUAAUUUUCAUCCUAAUUGUAUACUUCUUCUUUAAAUGUUAACACUGUCAAAAGGACUUUGAAUCGAUUUCUAUUGCACCCUUGCUGUGUGUUUUUAUUGAUUUUCUUCUCCCUGCCGUACACUCUAUAUUGUACCAACCUUUUCUAUGAAUUUUCACCACACUUUUUCCAGCUCUGUACUGUGCAACUUCUAAGUCAUUACACAAAACAAUAUAACACAACUUACACAACCACACACACAUUUUAUUCUAGAAAGGAUCAUAAAAGCUGCUUAAAAGCAAACCGAUAGGAAAAAGAAAUUGAUUGGCCGUUGGUAGCCGGAGGGAAAGUUAACUGCAGACAUUUAAUUGCUAGGAAUGAGAAGCAAAUACUGCCAUUGAUCUGUUUAUCAAACUAUCGUAGCCAGAAGCACUUUAACAGCGAACCAAAAAAAAAUGAAAACAAACUAAAUGUCAAGAGUUAAAAAAAAUAAACGAAAACGCCUCACGUCGCCCGAAACCAAGUCAGCAAAAAGACAAUACAAGCAGCUGGUCUGUCUGUUGGAAUGUCUUACGCAUUUUGUUGUUCACUCAGCGGCAGCGGCAGCAGCAGUUCGGUUCAGAACUACAAACACACAAAAUCGUAUUAUACUUUCGAAACCGUUUUCUAAACCGGUCUUAAGCUUUCGUUUCUUGCUCGCAAAGAACUCAUCCCCGUACUUUGAAUGUUGUAAACAGAGCGCUAGUUUUGAUGUUCAAUCCCCAGCCACAGCGUUUUAAAAAACAAACUGACAAAGUUCACUGUGUGUAGAACGUGUGCUUCUGCAAACUAGAAGUGUAAAACUGUAUGCACGUUAAAAAUGCAAAACAAAUCACUGAACCUCUUGUACUACAUCUCCAUGAUGUCCGUUCGAACGGUCUAGGUAUUUGCCACACUCUCCUUCAACGCAUAACAGUAACCAGAGCGGAGAAGGAGGAACAGAAUAACGAAGAUGGAAAACGAAAAGGGUGUUAAAAUUCAUUAACAGAGAAAACGGCACAGCAAAACCAGAAUGAACUAUAUUAGGCCUUAAAAUGCAAUACAUAAUAUUUUAAAAGUAGUUGUGAUAAAAAGUGAAGUAAAACCAGAAGAACAGCCCACAGAAAAUGAAGCAGCCAAAAACGGCAAGCAAAACAGUCAAACAAAAAAAUGGAUGCAUGGAUUCCCGAUAACUUGCGAACCAAACCGUCUUCUAAGAAAAACACGUGUGUGUGUGUGUUUGUUGUUCGUGUACGGUGCAAAAGGGUCUUUAAGGCUUCACAAUAUUGAAUAGUGGAUAAUGGGACGGAAGAAAUGGAAGAGAAAAACGAUUUAAACUUCUUCAGAUCGACAGAAAACUGUUGUGGAGAGUAACAAAAAACAGAACCCGUAGCACAUUAAACACUCAUAAGAACACAAUGUACCACACACACAUACACACACACACACACACACACACACACACACACACACACACACACACACACACACACACACACACACACACACACACACAUACACACACACACAGAGGGAGAAGCUGGUGUGUGGGGGACCCUGGUUGAAGCAUUGUAACACUAGCAAGUAGUAGAUGGUAUGUUGAAUUGUAUUUAAUAGUUAACAUGGAUAGUUGCCUAUAGUGAAAUUGGAAAACGAGAGACAAGUAAAGUAACAAAACAAACAACAAACAAACAAGCAAAGCAACAAACAAACAAACCCAACCCAAACCAGGAAAGCUGUUGAUUAGCGUUAUGGAACGGCAGCGGGUAACGGGCUCUGCGUUAGCUUUUUUGGUAACCGUCAUACGUUAUCCGUUACGAACCGGUUUUUUCCUUUUACGUGUUUAGCGAACCGUGUAUGGUAUAGUGCGUCCGUUUUUGUGCGUGUGCUAUGUUGUGUGCACCAUCACGUGUGCACCGCCACAACUAAUGAUAGUGUUUAGCGUACCUUACUCAUAACGCCGUUGUAGUGUGCGAGCAGCUACAUUUGUAUGGGAGUGUGUACUACCGCCAUCUACUAACAAUAAACAAUAAAGACUCUCUAAACAACUAACAACUGAAGUUAAUGGGUGGUGAUGAUGUUAAUGAUGCUGAUCGUGCACUUGAUGUUACGGGGGGCGAACAAAAAAAAACCCUCGAAUUGUUUCUCUCCCUGAUGGCACAAACAUCUUGGAAGGAAAUGAUAAUUUAGAAAAUAAAAACGGCAAGGAAUGAAAAAAAAAUAACAAAAAGCAAACACAAAAAAAAAAUUACCUUAUCCUUGUAACUCAAACGGCAACGGAAAGCGGAACAGUUUGGUGGAAAUAUUUCGAAGAAAACAUUGUUAAACAGAAAGAUGCUUUUAGGUAAUUUUACGACGGCACAGUUAGUGCAAAAGCGUGGUAGGCUCGCCCUAAGGCCUAUCGCUUCUCACCACCACCUGACCACCUCAACCUGCAGGGCUGCAGUGCUGGAGGAAGAAAGACAACGCACAAGCGAGAACAAAACACAAAAACCC